AGCAGACAACAGUUAUCGCUGACGGUCGUAAAGAGCUUGUACACGGCUUUCAAAUAUAAAAAUCACAAAUUGGCAAAAUAAAUUUUGAAUUACUCAGUGCUCUUCAAAUGGGUGGCCUAAGGAUUUUAACAUUAUUCUUAUGCGCAAUUUCUUACUAUGUGCUUUGCAGCUGUAAAUUUUCGAACAAAUCAGGCUUUCAGUUAAACGAUUAUCACAACGCCUUUCGACACUCUAUUGCCGCUCUUCGGCGUACGACUGAUAAUUUUCGAGGACCGUUGCGGGAGAAACGUUCACAAAAAUAUGAGAAUUUCGUGCAGUAUCCUAGCAGAGAAGUCGAAAUUACACCUCAUCUGGGAUUCGAUCGUAUACCUUUCAACGACUACAAUCGUAUAGUGAGCGCCCUAAAAGAAAUGUUGCGUACACGUGACGAAAAACCCGUUAUGUUGCGCCCUCGACCGGGUCGACGUUCUGCCGUUGAGGAAUCUCCGCUUUGGCAAUACUUCAUAGAUGAAGCUGACAACUUGGGCCUCGGCACGUCUGAUACUGUGGCCAUCGUAGGCGAAGAGGAUGACGCGCUAACGGACACAUCAUUGAAGAAGUCGGCGCCUUUCAAGCCGCGACUCGGGAAACGCGGAAAUAAGUUCUAAAAUUUGAGUGAAUUGUUAGUGGCGUUGCCGAACUUGUGCGCACCGAAUCGUUGGCGUAUGAGCACUGAGUGGGCGGUGUGUCAGUUGACAGUGCGUUGCCGGUGAGGCUUGCGUGUUGCAAAACACAUCUCUGGAUAUGUAAAUAUUUUUUGUUUCCUUUGAUUGGUGCACAUUGCGGUUGAGCGGCUAUGUGGUCUUAAUGGUUUUACUAGUUUGUAAAGGCUUUUGGUUGGCGACCAACAAUAAUAAAUUUCACGUAACCCACACACACAUACUUACUACAUACGAAUAUUCAACAAAGUUCGAAAAUUACAACAAAUUUAUAAAGAAAAAAAAAAAAAAAGUUUAUAGAUGCCAAUAAUGUUAAAAAGGCAAAAUUUUUAGCUGAUAUUUUGGAGCAAUUUCCAAAGUUAUGUGGUUAAUUAAAACUUUCGCUUGAUCCUUAUUGUAAAUUUUUAACGAAGCCUCUAAAAUAUCUAUGUAUGUUAACUAGAACAUAAAUAUUUAAUAUAAUAAAUACUUCCACACAAAACUAACGAAUUUAAUAAUUAAUACAUACGAAUAAUCCAUCAAAUAGUAUAAAAUGCCGACGACCAUAUAUACUUGUAUAUUUAUGUACAUGUCGGAAAGAAUUCAAAUAGCUUAAAAGUAUUUGCAUAUUUAUAUUAUUGAAUAAAAACUACUUUUACUUCCCAUUAUAAUGAAUUUUAAAUUUUUUUUUCUGGUAAAUCCUAGUAAAAUAAAUCUGGUCAUAAUAUUUGGGGAAC